GAGUGUUACUUAAUUUACCUGAACGUAAUUCCCAAUCAUUACUAAAUUUACCUGGACGUAUAACUAACGGUCAUGGAUAUUUCCUGUUGAUAAUAAAAUUAUACCUGGACGUAUUUUAGACUUAAGUCGUAUAUUUAAAUGUCGAUGACUCUGUGAUACUGUUGGGCACCGAGUAACCCUGCCAGACGAUGUCUGACGGUCCCAAGCCCGCUAAAAGGAGAGGGUGUUAAAGACAAAUGAAGCAAACAGCGGUCCGUAUAUUUUUUUUAAAAGAUGGUAUUUGACUGCACGUUUGAUCAGAGAAGAUUGAGAUGGGUUACUGUUGGAUUGCUGAUUUUAACUUUUUGCCAGACAAUCAUUUUCAUCGGUCUGAGUUCGGGAUUGCGUUUUAAACGGACAUCUUCAACACCCGAGCCCAGCAGGCAGUGUUUGGCAUGUGAUGAUCUCAAACCAGCCCUUUAUAAUUUUGUACACAACGAAAAGGAAAUAAAUUCUCUGCGGCAAAGUCAUAACUAUUCACUAUGUUGCGGCACCUUCGACAAUGUUAUGAAGCUACGAAUUGAAAGGGAAUUAUCAUUGCAGUACUACGACACCAGCAACUCUGAUCCAAGUAUAAUUGGAGAAUUAUUUAUCGAAGAUUGUGAACUUGAAAGCGAUAUGAAAACGCCGAAAGCUAAACUGGUCGGGGUAGUGGAUAGCGUUCCAAGUGCUAUUACUAAAGGCCAUUCAAAGAUCCGAUGGAACAAAAACAACCGCACAUUCACUGAAAACAAUUGCAUUCAUCUGGAACUCGAAGGGGAAAUCUUCAUACGAAAGCCAGGCUAUUACAUAGUAUCGUCAACGCUCCAUGUUAACACCUCGGGAACAUACAACACAACAAGAAGUUUUAGUCACCACAUUAAUCUACUGUCCCACAUGCUUGGAACGACCGGUUCCCUAAUGCAACGCCAACGAUCCAUGAAAGAAUCAGGGGACGGUGUCUUUACAAGCUUAAUGUCUGCAGUUUUCAAGCUUCAAAAGUAUGAUAGGAUUUCUGUAUCUGUGAGCCAUCCAGAAUAUAUAGCUCGUAGCUUUUCAGCUGACAAUUUUCUGGCAUACUUCACUUACAAUUUGAACUAAGGCUUUGUUAUUUGAUUUUUACGAUACCUUUGAUUGCAGUUGAUUAAUCAUUUUGCAUCCUAUAUGACUUAUUUUUAACAAGCAUUUCCGCUGUCCGCAGUCCAUUUUUGUUUUAUCAAUGAUACCACUCUUAAUAUUAGUAAUUUAUAAGUAUGUUUAGGUGUAAGCCUAAUUGAUUACAAACAUUUCUAGUGUCUUAACAAUACCAUAAAAUCACAACAGUGUAGUAAAUCAAUUGAUGCUUGUACAAUGAUUAAUUUUAGUUUCUUCCUUAAACUUUCUUGCUGGCUUAAUUAAUGUUUAGGAACUUUAAUAAUGAUAAUGCAUAAUUAGACUCAAUAGCGUGUAUCAUCACCUUAGGACAAUAACUUAAUAAAUACAUAUAGAAAAAAGACACAGAUACUACGUUGUCAUCUAAAGUACAAACCGUUACAUAUUAAAAUAUAUAGAGUUGUUCUCAUGAAUGAAGGGUCGUUGUAUUCACAGUAUGUUUUGAAAAAUGAAUAACACCUUUUAUAAUUUCAUUGCAUGGUAACUUCUGACAUUAGACUGUUUUAUUUUCAAUUACCAAUCGUUACAUACAAUCUGAGUCAUGAUAUGAUCAAAAGCUAGAUGUUAUAAUAGGAAACUGAUAUCAAAGACCACAUACAAUGCUCACAGUUGGUUUUACUCGAUAAUUCUUUGUUGACCGAUUUUACUGACAAACAUAAUCAUGGUCUUAGAUAAAAUACGGCACAAGCUUCGUAACAAAAUUACGAUGCUUAGAUAUAUGUGACUAUGCUACUAUUUUAUUAUUAAGUGAAAAUAUUUACAAAAUAUCAGAAGAAAAUUGGUUGACAGGUAAAACUUCAUAACAUAUAACAUACUGUUGUAAAAAUAAUUUUCACAAAACAUCAUUGCACAAUAUUCCAUGAUUUUCUGUAAAAAAUCAUAUUUUGUUAUUGGAAACAUUUUCUUAAAUAAAUACUAAAUGCAUAACUACAAGCCAGGAAUCUCCUCGCUUGAAAUUUAUCAUGCCUGUUUAUAGUGUAUAUCGUUUUAUUUUAUUAUGACGACAUUUUAUAUGAUUUUGCCAUAUUUGGUUGCCUUUUGUCAUAGUUGAUGUUAAAUUUAUAUUAAGUCUUGAGUUUUACCAUUUAGGAGAAAUAAUUGCAUAAGUUAGUGUAUUUGACACAGCAUUUCAUUUCAUUUCAUUGGUUAAGGACAUAUCUUUUGAAUACAUAUUAAAAACGCUAAUGCAAGGUUAAAAUAUAUAUCUGGAAGAAAGUUUACCUUACAAAACACACCAAGAAACUCCUUGUCAUGGCCUUAAUUCAAUGCCAUUUUGAUUUUGCCUGUUCUAUGUGGUAUCUUGGUCUGAUCAAGUUACUUAAAACCAAGCUCCAAACCACACAAAAUAAAUUAAUGAGGUUUGUUUUGGAUCUAGAUGCAAUGUCUCACAUUGGCCCACAUUUUAAAUCACUCAACUGGUUACCUGUUCACAAACGUGAAGACCAGAGGCAUCUCUUUAAAAUGAAAAAUUGCAUGGACUACAUGGGAGACAAUUGUAUCUCACAAGAUACUGUACACACACAUAGGACAAGGUUAUGUAAGAAAGGGGCUUAUGUUGCUCCAGACGUCACAGGUUUUGGGUUAAAGUCCUUCUUCUUUUCUAGAAUUUCCUUAUGGAACAAAUUGCCAUCUAGUAUAGAACAGACUAAAAAAAAUACCUGUUUUUAAAUUGCUAGUAAAGAAUAUUUUUUUUAGAUAAUUUGGUAAAUUUUUUAUGGUAUUAAAAAGGCUGGAGAUUUAAUUUAGUUUUUUUUCAUUUAUCUAUUCAAUGUUUUUAAGUAUAGGAACUGUUUUAACUUAACCUCGCAUUUUAUUAGUACUACAUACUGUCAUAUUCAUACUAUAAUGUGAUAAUUAAUAUAGAACUUUCUCAACUUAUAACUUAUUAUGUAAAGUGACGAUACAACUACGGCAAUAUUUAUUUUAAUGCAUCAAGACUUACUUUUAAUAUACUUGUGCAAUUUCGAUUACAGCUAUUUUAUUAUUUAAAUAUACAAUGCUUUCCCAUGCCAUGCCACCAAAACAAAGGACCACAAUGGAAAUAAGAGGUUUCUCUUUUUUGUGUCAUCCUUAGUUCGGUGUGCCUGCCAUGGCUAUUUAUAAUAUCAUGUAUGUAUAAUGUUAUUUAGUAUACAUGUUGUUUAUUUUAAAUGUCCAUGAUUUGAUGAUAUAAUAAAUGAUUUUUUACAAAACGUUAAUGACUUUAUGUUGCCAUUGUUUUGUAAGCAUUUUAAUGUAAUUCUUGACUCAGGUAUAUUUCCGGAUAUAUGGAGUUAAAAAGUCUUAUUAUUUAAAUUUUAAUGACACAAAAAUAUAUAUUAUCAAUCAAGCUAGAAAGGCUAUGAUUUCUGUUGUUAACUAAGCUCGUAAAUUAUUACUGCCUAUUGAUAUACAGCUGAGUCUUUUUGACUCAAUUCUAUUGUAUUAUCCUAUUCUUAUGUAUGGAUCAAAAGGGUGGGGAAUUGAAAACCUGGAGUUCAUUGACCGCUUCAAGUUAAAGUUUUGUAAACUUAUCCUCUACCUAAAGCAGUCUACACCAAACUGUAUGGUUGAUGGGGAACUUGGAAUUUUACCAAUUUCUGUACGUAUUGAAAGUCAAUUUUUUUUCUUAUUGGUGUAAUGUUGUUAUGUCUUAACAUUCGAAAAUCUCAAAUAUUUUGUAUAGAACUUUGGUAAAUAUGUAUGCUGACAAUGUUUCGAAUUUUAGCUGGCAUCAUUUUGUACAAACCACUUUAAAUAGCCUUUGAUUGUCAAGCUUUUGGUUAUAUCAACAUGUUAAUUCUCCAGUUGCUUUCAAACACCUGGUUAAACAUCGACUUAGUGACCAGUUUAUCAAAAACUGAUUUAGCACAAUAGAUCAAUCAAGUAAAUGUCUAAAUUAUUGCAUCUUUGAAAAAGAAAUUUCCAUUAUUUUCAUGUAUUAUCCUCUAACCUUGCUAAUAUAUUGUGUAAAUUUCGAACUGUUAAUCAUAAACUGCCUAUUGAAAAAGGAAGAUUUUUGAAUAUAGAAAGAAAUAGUGCAGAACAUGCAAUUUAUGCAAUGUUAACCACGAUGUAAUAGCUGAUGAAUUUCACUAUAUCUUUAAAUGUUCAUUUUUUUCUAUUCAGAUAGAAAACAAAUAUAUUGACGCUUAUUAUUACAAUUAUCCUAACACUUUAAAAUUUGAUCAGCUUACGAAUAGUACAAAUAAAUUACCUUUGUUAAGAUUAUCUUUAUUCUAUAUAAUUAUUAUUAUGUAUUAUUAUUUUAUGCUAGUGUUCCUUGUUCACAUGAUAUAUUUUUUAUAAUUAUAAUAAUAUGUUUCAUUCUGCAUCUUUGAACUUUUUAAAAUAAAAAUCUUGUAUAUUGUACCCAACCCAUUAUCGUUAUCAUUAUUAUUUUGUUUUAAACAUGUUUUAAUGUUCAUGUUGUUUAUUGCAUUGUUUUGUCAACUGAUGGGUGCACCCAUAGCGCCACUGCUUGACAAUAAUAACAAUAAACUUUCUCCUGAUAUCGUUCCAAUUUAUUAGUGACUGUCUGUCAUGUGUGUACAUUAUUACGAACAUAUUGUACUGCUGUAUGAUGACGAUGCCCAUUAAAUGGGAUUAUGUAUGGUCAUACUUUAUUUGUAAUUACUAUUUUUUACUAUUUUUUUUUAAAUAACACAUUGCUGAUAUGUUUCCUUGAAAUGCUUUAGAAAUAAGAUAUAAUAUAUUUUUACACAUUUAUGCAUAUCUCCUUUUAGGUGGAAAUAAAGAUUAUGAUUUGAUUUUAUUUGAGAUGCUCAGAAUGAUGAUUGACUAAUAAAACUUUCCAAAAAUGCAACCACAAUUAUCUCCCUUGUGUCGCAUGCUGAUGUGCUUGAUGUGCACCUCACUGUCCAAUAAUUUUUACAGCGUUCUUGUAAAUGCGAUUCAUUGACUAAAAAACUUAUUGUGUAUAGAUUGUAUUUUUGCUCAACCAUAUUUAACACAAGGAUUAAAAUUUGGGAUUAGAUAAUGUCAAAAUAUAACACUAGAACAUUUAUUGGAUUGUGGAUGAAAAGCCCGGCCAAUCAUUGCGUUGAAUUGUUAAAACUUGCAGCAAAUUUUCCUUGUGAUGUUUAAGAUUAUAUGCAUCAUGUGCAAGAAAAAUAUUGUUAGAAAUUAGAAAGCCAUUAUGCUGCGUUUGCAUACCUAGUUACUUCGUUUUCGGGCUAGAUUUGAACUAAUGUGUGGAUAACAUUACUUUUUGAAAUGUUUAUCAUAAUUAUAUAAUUAACAUGUUAAAUGUUUGAUUUAUAACUUAAGCGUGAUGCGAAGUUGGAUUCAAGAAUUUCGCUAUCGGUGUAGCCUUCCCCUU